CCCCCACUGCCAGUGCUGCCCCCACGCCUGCCCAGCUCGGGUUCUCCAGUCACAGCAGCUCAGUCCUCCAAAGCUGCUGAACCCCAGGGAGAGCUGACCACCAACUAAGCAGCAGGUCAAAUCCACCUCCAAAAUGCCACUCUCAGGAACCCCAGCCCCCAAUAAGAAGAGGAAAUCCAGCAAGCUGAUCAUGGAACUCACUGGAGGUGGACAGGAGAGCUCAGGUCUGAAUCUGGGCAAGAAGAUCAGCGUCCCAAGGGAUGUAAUGUUGGAGGAGCUGUCGCUGCUCACCAAUCGAGGCUCAAAGAUGUUUAAACUGCGACAGAUGCGAGUGGAAAAAUUUAUCUAUGAGAACCAUCCUGAUGUUUUCUCUGAUAGCUCAAUGGAUCACUUCCAGAAGUUCCUUCCCACAGUGGGGGGACAGCUGGGCACAGCUGGCCAGGGAUUCUCCUACAGCAAGGGCAGUGGUGGAGGCCAGGCAACAGGCAGUGGCUCUGCUGGACAAUAUGGGUCUGACCAUCACCAUCAUCAGGGCUCUGGGUCUGGAGUUGGGGGUGCAAGUGGUCCUGGGGGCCAGGCUGGCAGAGGAGGAGCUGCUGGCACAGCAGGGGUUGGUGAGACAGGAUCAGGAGACCAAGCAGGUGGAGAAGGAAAACAUAUCACUGUGUUUAAGACCUAUAUUUCGCCAUGGGAGCGAGCCAUGGGGGUUGACCCCCAGCAAAAAGUGGAACUUGGCAUUGACCUGUUGGCCUACGGGGCCAAAGCUGAACUCCCCAAAUACAAGUCCUUCAACAGGACGGCAAUGCCCUACGGUGGUUAUGAGAAGGCCUCCAAACGUAUGACCUUCCAGAUGCCCAAGUUCGACCUGGGGCCCCUGCUAAGUGAACCCCUGGUCCUUUACAACCAGAACCUCUCCAACAGGCCUUCUUUCAACCGAACCCCUAUUCCCUGGCUGAGCUCUGGGGAGCCUGCUGACUACAAUGUGGAUAUUGGCAUCCCCUUGGAUGGAGAAACAGAGGAGCUGUGAAGUGUUUUCUAAUUUGCAUCAAGUUUCCCCUCUGUGGUUCCAAUUUGGAGAAGGUAUACUGGCCAGGAUACCCCCACUGUUAAUAUGGUAUCCUUGUGGGAAUGGAGGGGAAAAGGUGGGCGAGAUCUGCCUUUCCAUUCUUUACUCCAAGUCCCCACUCCAAAUAGCCUUCCUCACCAACUCAGAGCUCCCCUUUCACUUCCUCCAUAUGAAACCUGUUCUUUUAUGAAAUUUGCUCUGCUACCAGAAACAGUCAAUAAACUUCAAGGAAACAAAUUGA